GCAGUUACCGUCAAAUUAUUGGUGGUUGAUUCACAAAGCUUUAAUUUGAUUGGCUAGAUGUCUCGUAAGGGGCGGGAUGUCACGUUCGGUUGCGGAGCUGAAACCGGUAACCUAGCACUCCAGCACGUUGUGAAGCCGCUGAGGUGAUUCAAAGAAAUCACUUGUUUCUAAAUCGACGACUUUUUUGAUAAUUGACCCACUGAGACUUCCAGUUGACCAAAGAAAUGGUGAUGGAGAAGCCAAGUGCCCAGCUGGUCGGGCGAGAGUUUGUCCGACAGUAUUACACACUGCUGAACCAGGCCCCCGACUACCUGCACAGGUUUUAUGGGAAGAACUCGUCCUACGUGCACGGCGGCCUGGACAGCAACGGCAAACCAGUAGAGGCUGUUUAUGGACAAUCUGAGAUCCAUAAGAGGGUGAUGGCUCUGAGUUUCCGUGACUGUCACACCAAGAUCAGGCACGUGGACGCCCACGCCACCCUGAACGAGGGCGUGGUGGUGCAGGUGAUGGGCGAGCUGUCCAACAACAUGCAGCCCAUGAGGAAGUUCAUGCAGACCUUUGUGCUGGCGCCUGAGGGUACCGUCGCAAACAAAUUCUACGUUCACAACGACGUGUUUCGUUACCAAGACGAGGUGUUCGGCGACUCUGAUUCUGAGCCCCCAGAAGAGUCUGAGGAUGAGGUGGAGGAGAUCGAGGAGAGGGUUCCCUCCCCUGACAUCGCUCAGGAGGAGUCUGCUCCCUUCUACGACCCGACACCCUGUUCAGAGCCGACGGUUCCUGGCGACGAGGAGGAGGCGGCAGCCGAGAGUCCAGAGCCAGAGCCAGAGGUGGAGAAGGAGGCCGAGCCCACGUGCGUGGAGCUGAAGCAGGAGACGAUGCUGGAGACACAAACAGACGUCAACACAUCCGAAGACCAGACGGACAAAGGCCCCGCCGCUGCCCCGCCCACCUCAGAACCUGCCGCCGUGCCCGCCGAACCCACCCCCGCCGCUCCAGAAGAAAACAGGCCGUUCUCCUGGGCGUCCGUCACCAGUAAGAACCUCCCCCCCAGCGGGGCUGUCGCAGUCUCAGGAAUCUCCCCACACGUCGUCAAACUUCCUCCCACAGCACCGCCCAGAGCGGAGGUGAAGUCGGAGUCCCAGACACCAACACAGAGACCACAGAGAGACCAGAGACCGAGGGAACAGAGGCCUGGAGGUCCUCCGCCGGUACACAGAGGGCCCAGACCAGUUCGGGAGGGUGAGCAGGGCGAGACGGAGGGGCGCAGGGUGGUCAGGUACCCCGACGCCCAGCAGCUCUUUGUAGGAAACGUCCCUCACGACGUGGACAAGACGGAACUCAAGGAGUUCUUUGAACAGUAUGGUACAGUCCUGGAGCUGAGGAUCAACAGUGGAGGGAAGCUACCAAACUUUGGUUUUGUGGUGUUUGACGACUCUGAACCCGUACAGAAGAUUCUCAACAACAGGCCCAUUAAGUUCCGCGGCGACGUCCGCCUGAACGUGGAGGAGAAGAAGACCCGGUCGGCCCGCGAGGGCGACAGGCGGGACGUGAGGCUCCGCGGCCCCGGCGGUCCUGGCGGCCCCCGAGAGCGAAUAGGAGGCGGCGGCGGAGGACCCCGAGGCCCCCCCACCCGCGGAGGCAUGGCACAGAAACCCAGCUUUGGCUCCGGGCGGGGCGCAGGCCCCAGCGAGGGGCGCUACCCUGCCCAGCGCCAGUGAGGCCCCCCCACCCCCACGGGCUCCAAACCUGAGUUAGAUUACGAUUUGGAUUCAACUGAGUGGUCAUCGAUCUACUACUGCAUCAGGAACCAAUUGGACAAACCUUUUAAAUAUAACAAAAGAAACUCCCUUCUUUACAUUGCAACUAGGAGCAAAAAUUAGUAGGAAUUAGUCAAAUAACUCAGUUUGGGUUGCGACACACACACACACCCUGAUUUCUGACUUGCUUCCUCCUCAUUCUUUCUCCUAAAUGUGAGCGAGUACGUAUUUCGAUUGGAUUUCUGUUGGUAAUUGACGCAGGUUUGGUCGCGAGCUUUCACCGUCAAAUCCCGCCAGCUCCUGCUGAAUUCAACGGUCUCGACAUCUGUCUCUCAUAAAGAUAGCUGCCUCCUCCUUCCCUCCCUAACCUGAUUUUUAUUUUUUUUUCUUCUUUCUCACCUGUUGCUUUUGUGUUCCUCUAAGGAAUCCAGAAUCUCCCCUUUUUUUCUUGUACCCACCUCUUCCUCCUAUCCUCCUCUUUGUCUCCUCCUCCACCAACACAUGUAUUAUCUGGACUUUUGUCAAUUUAAUUUUUUUGUUUUUCACGCUGAACUUGAAUUUAUUUACAAACAAAUCGAAACACGCAAACACAUGAGAAAAAAAAGGGUAAAUACUACUUGAAUUGGGGAUUAAAAAACCCAGAGGUUAGGUUUUUUUUUCGCGUUCUCUCUCCCUGUUUCUUAAAGGAACGUGUACUUUACUGCUUGGGCAAUCCUGUGUAUUGCUGCCACCGUUGUAUCUAGCGAUGGAUCUGUCUUAUCUUUUUAUUCUAUCAGGUCAAGAGCUGAACUGUAGUGGUUUUAUUUGAGUAAUGUUGGCUUGUAAUAUGUGGAUUCACGGACGCAUCUGAAUGGAGCAUGUAUCAAAUCAUGUAUCAAAUCCUGUUAGGCUUCUACUACCGAUGCACUUCAUUGUCAUGUUUAAAAUGAGCUCACCUGCCGAUGAGAGAACUAAAUUAAAAGUGAUUUACUGUUUUAAA